AUGGGCUCAUGUUUGGUGACGGCGCUCUUUGCCGACCGAAACGCGCUCUUUCCCGGCCGAAACGCGCUUUUUGCCGACCGCUGCUUUGCCACGCUUUGCCCAAACAUGGCACGAGCACUUUUUUCAUCGAAGAACGAAUUUCCUGAGCAGUUGUUCUUUUGCGUGAAGGUUCGUCAGGGUCCGUAUCCCAGCAUCCUUGUGCACACCGGCACUGUGGAUGCCAUUUGGCAGCAGAUCAAGUCGUGGCUGCCCAAUGGGAUUCGCACGUGUACAAACGGCCGGCCCAACCCAGUCAUCAUGCAGUAUGUCCGGCAGUGGCAGUGGCGAUUCCAGACACGGCAGAAGUUGCUUGAAGCAACGGGUAGAAUGCUGCGUGAGGAUUGCGUGUUCUACUGCCAGCCGUGCUGGGAGGCAUUCAGAUGCAGCCUGUGCGGUCACAAGGACCCCAAGGGCAACGACUUCAAGGGCAGCUGGAACUGCCGCGCUUGUCGCCACAAGAGACAGGUUAAGGAGAAGAACGUGCCCUCGCAUGAUCUUCUGCAGCGGCUCAUCAUCGAAGAGAGUGCCGAGCUAGUUUGCACUACUUCAACGUGCCCGAGUUCUUUGAACAAGGGGAAGUCGGACGAAGCUGUGAAGCUGCUAAGCCAGCUGACGACGGACAAGGACGAGGAUCCUGAAGCCAGCGAUGAGGACACCUGGGCGGAUGCCGACGUGGUGGGCGAGCUCCCUGCCCUUCUUGGCAAAGCUCGCGCCGGCGCGAAGCAGAAGCCCGACACUAGCAGGCCGCGACACAUCAUCCUGGUCAUCGAUGCUUCAGGGAGCAUGCGCCAGCAGGAUGUGGAGGUCGAUGCAGAGACGAGGCGGGAGCUCGGCAGCCAAUCUGCGUGCCUCACGAGGCUGGAAGCGGCAGAGCUGUGCGCGGUGAAGUUUGCACGAGAGCAUGCCAAAGCACGCCCUCAAGACUUCUUCUCAGCUAUUGCCUUUCACGAGACAGCCUCGACGGUUUCCAAGCGACUGGUGGCGGGUGACUUCGUGCAGAUUUUCGGACUUGGCGACCGAGCGGCCAACGGCACUUUCUACCUACAAGGUUUGCAGGAAGCUUCCUCCGUGCUGAGCGAGUACCCGGACUUGCCAGGGGAGCUGGUGAUCCUCUCGGACGGCCGGCCAGCUGAUACCAAGGUGGCGCUCACCUUCUUCCAGGAGACUUUUCUGCGCGGCCGGCACGCGGGGGUACAUGCCCACGGCAUCGGCUUUGGCACAACGGUCGAGAGCUUCGCACCACUCCAACAGCUGGCAUGCCUAAGCGGCGGAACCUUUGCACUCUCUGGAAGCACGAUGCGGGGCUUGUGCCAGGCAUUCUCGUCCGUGUCGUCUACCAUCACCUCGUCUCAGAGUGGCAACUGGGUCCUGGCGGACGAUUCCGAACAAAAGGUGCAGAAGCACAAACCGCAGCUUCGGGUCGUGGCCUUCGAGCUGCCAGAGCAGGGGAUCUUCGGCAAAAAGAACGUGCUUCGGCUGAGAGCUGCGCGGACCCACUUCAGCUUCGAUGGAGCGGAGUUUCAGCAGAAGAAGUUCCCAGCCGGGCCAGUGAUGCGACGCCAGCUGCCUUACAUGCGGGGCGGCAUGCGCCUGGUGUACAGCUUCCAGGACGACUGCGUGUCCAAGGAGGGUAGCUGGAUGGUGGCCAAGUCCUCCCGCUACCUUGACGCAACCCUGAACUCGCGAGUGGCUGUCGAAGCUCAUGCGAAGUCGUCAGCUCUCGCUUCCUACUUCGCCUCCUUGUUCAACGCUCGCCUGCAGGCGUCGGCAAAGACGGCCGAAAAGCCGGCAACGCUGCUCUUUGUGCCCUGCUACCUCUACGAGGUGGAAGGCUCGCCAUCCGAGCAAGAGCCUGCCUUUUUCGCGGCUGAGCGCUACCUCCCAGGUGUGUUUCUGAAGUACAACUCUAACAAUGGCUACGUCACCGACGCGCAGCUCCUCCACAAUGAUGUCGUUCAAGCCUUCCUGCACUUCUCUUUCGAAGAAUCGGGCGGACGUUUCAUAGUGUCGGACCUACAGGGCGUUGCGCGGCAGAACGAAGUACUUCUGACGGAUCCGCAGGUCCUUUCCCUGACGCGCGACUACGGCCCGGGCGAUCUUGGCACCGUGGGUUACCUGCGGUGCCUUCAGUCUCAUCGCUGCGGGGCUGCCUGCAAACGUCUGGGGCUUCAUCCCAUCAACGCCACAAAGUUGAGGCAAGUGGGGCGCUCGCAGACCGACGUUGGCUCCAACUCCAGCUGGCAGCAUGUCUUGUCAGAAAGCAGCUUUCCAGACUGGGAUCGCAUCAGCGAGCGUGCCGCCGCGGAGUACGUGCUUGGCGAAGGCAAUCCGCCCUCUACUCCGCUGUCGGCUUCGUCUUGGGUCCAUGUGCUUGACUCCUGA